UUUAUCAAAUCAUGUGACAUUUACCACGUGGAUCUUUGGCGGGAAAAAAUCUCAUUGUUGUAUACAUUCAUUGCAAGAAACGUUCAGGAAGUCAUGGAUGUUGCAGAGCAGGCAGUCGUAACAAAUCAAGUUAAAGAUCAGAUUGGAGAAAGAUGCCAAAAACUCUUUCAAGACUUUCUAGAGGAAUUUCAAGUUGACGACCAACAGAAGUAUUUAUCAGAAGUUCAGGAAUUAAUAAGACCUGAAAGAAACACAUUAACUGUUAGUUAUGAAGAUGUGGAGAAGUUUAAUCAACAAUUGGCUGUUACAAUACUUGAAGAAUAUUACAGAGUUUACCCAUAUUUGUGCAGAGCAGUGAGAAAUUAUGCCAAGGAUUGGGGACAAAUUCCACCUGCAAAAGAGUUUUACGUUAGUUUCACAGAUGUGCCUACCAGACUUAAAGUGAGAGAACUGACAACAGCAAAGAUAGGAACAUUGUUAAAAAUAACUGGUCAAGUUGUACGAACCCACCCUGUCCAUCCAGAGCUGGUCAGUGGAACUUUCAUGUGCCUAGAUUGCAGAACUAUUAUAAAAGAUGUGGAACAACAAUUUAAAUAUACACAGCCUUCUAUUUGUCGAAAUCCAGUCUGUAAUAACCGGUCAAGGUUCAUGCUUGAUGUAAACAAGUCAAAGUUUGUGGACUUCCAGAAAGUGAGAAUACAGGAAACCCAGGCUGAGUUACCAAGAGGGAGUAUUCCUAGGAGUGUUGAAAUUGUCCUUAGAGCUGAAGCAGUGGAAACAGCACAGGCUGGGGACAAGUCAGAUUUCACAGGAACACUUAUUGUAAUACCAGAUGUAGCUACAAUGGCUGCUCCAGGUGCCAGAGCAGAGACCUCAUCCAGAGUGAAGGGUGCAUCAGGAUAUGACACAGAAGGAGUCAGAGGAUUAAAGGCAUUAGGAGUCAGAGAUUUAACAUACAAAAUGGCUUUCUUAGCCUGUAAUGUGUCGUCCAGUAACCCAAGGUUUGGUGGACGAGACAUGAGAGAUGAAGAAAUGACUGCAGAAACUAUAAAGAAACAAAUGACAGAUGAAGAAUGGCAGAAAGUUUAUGAAAUGAGUUUAGAUAAAAGUUUAUAUACUAAUCUAUGUACCAGUUUGUUUCCUACUAUACAUGGAAGUGAUGAAAUCAAAAGGGGAAUUUUACUUAUGUUAUUUGGAGGUGUUCCCAAAAAAACCUUGGAAGGGACAAGUCUGCGUGGUGAUGUAAACAUUUGUAUUGUUGGUGAUCCAAGUACUGCUAAGAGCCAGUUCCUCAAGCAGGUGGAGGAGUUUAGUCCAAGAGCUGUUUACACCAGUGGAAAGGCCAGUAGUGCUGCAGGUUUGACUGCAGCAGUUGUUAAAGAUGAAGAGUCUUAUGAGUUUGUGAUAGAAGCAGGUGCCCUUAUGUUGGCUGAUAAUGGUGUGUGUUGUAUUGAUGAGUUUGAUAAGAUGGACCCUAAAGAUCAGGUGGCUAUACAUGAAGCCAUGGAACAACAGACCAUCUCAAUUACAAAAGCUGGAGUCAAGGCUACAUUGAAUGCCAGGACCUCUGUAUUGGCAGCUGCUAAUCCUAUUGGUAGUAGAUAUGACCGGUCAAAGUCACUGAAGCAGAACAUUUCCUUAACAGCACCAAUUAUGUCUCGAUUUGAUCUCUUCUUUAUUCUUGUUGAUGAAUGUAAUGAGGUUGUAGACUAUGCUAUUGCCAGAAGAAUUGUUGAUCUCCACAGUCGAGUAGAUGAAUCUGUUGAAAGAGUUUAUUCUGUCGAAGAUAUUACAAGAUACAUCAUGUUUGCCAGACAGUUUAAACCAAAGAUAAGUAAAGAUGCUCAAGAAUACAUGAUUGAAGAAUAUAAACGUUUAAGACAGCGUGACAGCACAGGAGCAGCAAAGUCAGCUUGGAGGAUAACCGUGAGACAGUUAGAAAGUAUGAUACGUUUAUCAGAGGGCAUGGCAAGACUCCAUUGUCAAGAUGAGGUUCAACCAAAGCAUGUUAAAGAAGCUUUUCGUCUUCUGAACAAGUCCAUCAUUCGUGUGGAACAGCCAGACAUACAUUUGGAGGAAGAGGAGGAGGAGAAUGAAGAGGAUGUAGAAAUGGAAGAAGCUACACCAACUCCAGCAGAGCAGACACCAGCAGCUCAACCAGAUACUCAGCCAAAGAAGGGACUAAAACUAUCUUAUGAGGACUAUAAACAUCUAGCCAACUUACUGGUGCUUUAUCUACGUAGACAGGAGGAGGAAACAAUGAAUGACGACUCCCAAGGUAUCAGAAGAAGUGGGGUGGUGGAAUGGUAUCUGAGGGAAAUAGAAGCAGACAUAGAUUCAGAGGCAGAACUGAUUGAAAGAAAAACUAUUGUGGAAAAAGUUAUAGACAGACUUGUCCAGCAUGACCAUGUGCUAAUAGAGUUAAAACAGACCGGAUUAAAAACAAGUGAAGGAUUAGUUAGAGAAGAUGAUCCAUUCUUAGUUGUCCAUCCAAAUUAUGUUAUUGAUUCAUGAGAUUGUCCAGUAAAUUGACUUAUUUAUGUUGUAAAAUAAAAUUCAAGAUCACAAAAAAUGAAUUUCAUUGUUUUUUUAAGUGUUUUAAAAGAAGGUUCAUUAGGAUUGAUUUAGACUACAGUAAUUUUGAAAAGUAUAUAAAAAAACAGACUUUUGUUUGGAUUUAUUUAUACAGUGAAAUUAUACAAGGGAAGAUGUGACUUAAAUACUAUAACUAUCCAGUUUACUUCUUGAAAAACUUUUGGCAUCGUCUAUUUAUAUCAAUAUUAUACUGUUAAUUUUUGACUAAGCAAACAUUUGUGAAUAUUUGUAGAAAUAUUCACCAGGGCUUUCACAUUCAUAUAUCUUUUCAUUGUAAGAUUUUUAAAUGAUAAUUAAUUUGAUGUAUAUUGGAGUUAUAUAUUUUUUGUAUAGAAUUUUUUUCUUAUUCAAACAUUUAAUUUUCAUAUGUAUAUAUUCAUCAGCUUGUGUAUAUUCAGGUUAGUGAUUGGUCUACUGUACAGAUUAUAGAUAAUUUUUACAUAAAACAAAUGUUUUGAAAAAAAGUCAAAAUUUAUUAUAUUUGAUGUCAGAAUAUUAAAUUACGUAGGGAAAGAUUCAU